AUGAAUCAUGUCAACACGUAUCUCAGUGAGGAGGUUCUUCAUGUGGGAAUAAAGUCCUAUGUGAUUGAGGUAACAGUGGAUCCUGGACAGGAUGUCAUUCUGCCAUGUCAGACUGCAAAUUCCAACAUCAAAGCUGUAAAGUGGACCAGAUCUGACCUGGAGCCAGAGUACGUCCUCUUAUACAGAGAUGGACACUUGAAUACAGACGACCAGCAUUCAUCCUUUAAGGACAGGGUGGAGCUGGUGGACAGAGAUCUGAAGGUCGGAGAUGUGUCUUUAAUUCUGAAGAAUGUGAGAAGCAUCGACACUGGAACAUACGAGUGUGGAGUUAUAACCGAUGGUUCUGACCCAAUCAGAAUCAUCCGUCUGCAGGUUCCAGACGUGAUUGUGGUAGCAGUGCCUGGAGAUGAUGUCACUCUGCCAUGUCUGGCUCCUGAUUCCUCCAUCAGAGUUGUAAAAUGGAGCAGACCUGACCUGGAGCCAGAUACCGUCCUCUUCUACAGAGAUGGACACUUGAAUACAGACGACCAGCAUUCAUCCUUUCAGGGCAGGGUGGAUCUGUUGGAGAGAGAUCUGAAGGACGGAGACGCGUCUUUAAUUCUGAAGAAUGUGAACAAACACGACGCUGGAACAUACAAGUGUCGAGUUAUGGCCAGUGAUACUGACCCAAUCAGAACCAUCCGUCUGCAGGUUACAGUUACGUACCCAAUGUCCAAAGUCCUUGCAGUACCAACACUGGUCUGGGUUGUAGGGCUCAUCAUUUUGUCCACGGUACCCGCUACAGCCUCCUCUGUCUCGACCAUGUCCUUUGUGGCCGCGGCCUUUUCGGGUCCGCACUCCAUAUGUUGCCCACCAGCAGACAGACGCUUCAAACAUGGUUUUCUCACGUACUCUUUGGUCUUUCCACCCGAUGCAGCUCGUCUUCCGGACGUGAAUGUGGUAAGAGUGCCUGGACAGGAUGUCAUUCUGCCAUGUGAGGCUGCUGAUUCCUCCAUCAGAGUUGUAAAGUGGAGCAGACCUGACCUGAAGCCAGAUAUCGUCCUCGUAUACAGAGAUGGACACUUGGAUACAGACGACCAGCACCCAUCCUUUAAGGACAGGGUGGAGCUGGUGGACAGAGAGCUGAAGGACGGGAAUGUGUCUUUAAUUCUGAAGAAUCUGAACAUCAACGACACUGGAACAUACGAGUGUCGAGUUAAAACCGGUGAUUCAGGACAUACAAAGAGAGACACCGACCCUGACCAAAUCAGAACCGUCUAUCUGCAGGUUCCAGACGUGAUUGUGGUAGCAGUGCCUGGAGAUGAUGUCAUUCUGCCAUGUCAGGCUCCUGAUUCCUCCAUAAGAGUUGUAAAGUGGAGCAGACCUGACCUGGACCCAGAUAUCGUCCUCUUAUACAGUAAUGGAGACUUGGAUACAACCCACCAGCAUCCAUCCUUUAAGGGCAGGGUGGAGCUGGUGGACAGAGAGCUGAAUGACGGAGACGUGUCUUUAAUUCUGAAGAAUGUGAACAAACACGACGCUGGAACAUACGAGUGUGGAGUUAAAACCGGUGAUACUGACCCAAUCAGACCCAUCAGAACCAUCCGUCUGCAUGUUCCAGACCUGAAUGUGGUAAAAGUGCCUGGAGAUGAUGUCAUUCUGCCAUGUCAGGCUGCAAAGUCCAACAUCAGUGUUGUAAAGUGGAGCAGACCUGACCUGAAGCCAGAUACCGUCCUCUUCUACGGAGAUGGACACUUGAAUACGACCGACCAGCAUCCAUCCUUUAGGGACAGGGUGGAGCUGGUGGACAGAGAGCUGAAGGACAGAGACGCGUCUUUAAUUCUGAAGCAUGUGAACCAACACGACGCUGGAAUAUACAAUUGUCGAGUUAUGGCCAGUGAUACUGACCCAAUCACAACCAUCUAUCUGCAGGUUCCAGACGUGAUUGUGGUAGCAGUGCCUGGAGAUGAAGUCAUUCUGCCAUGUCAGACUGCUGAUCCCUCCAUCAGCGUUGCAAAGUGGACCAGACCUGACCUGGAGCCAGAUACCGUCCUAUACAGAAAUGGACACUUGAAUACAUACGACCAGAAUCCAUCCUUUAAGGACAGGGUGGAGCUGGUGGACAGAGAUCUGAAGGACGGAGAUGUGUCUUUAAUUCUGAAGAAUGUGAGCAGAAUCGACACUGGAAUAUACGCGUGUCGAGUUAAAACUGGUGAUACUGACCAAAUCAGACUCAUCAGAACCAUCAGAACCGUCUGUCUGCAGGUUUCAGACCUGAUUGUGGUAGCAGUGCCUGGAGAUGAUGUCAUUCUGCCACGUCGGGCUGCUGAUUCCUCCAUCAGAGUUGUAAAGUGGAGCAGAGCUGACCUGAAGCCAGAUAUCGUCCUCUUAUACAGUGAUGGACACUUGGAGACAUAUAACCAGCAUCCAUCCUUUAAGGACAGGGUGGACCUGGUGGACAGAGACCUGAAGGACGGAAAUGUGUCUUUAAUUCUGAAGAAUGUGAGCAGACACGACGCUGGAACAUACAAGUGUGGAGUUAAAACCAGUGAUUCAACACAAGACACCAACUCUGACACAAUCAGAAUCAUCAGAAUCAUCCGUCUGCAGGUUAAAGGUUCUGGUGAUAGAAUCUCCUCUCCUGUAGGCCUCCUCUUUGGACUGGCAGCAGGUGGACUUGUUCUUGUAGCUGCUGCAGUGGUUGGUGUCGAUAUAUAAAAGACGUAAGAAGAGAUCAGGACAAGCUGCUGAUGAUGAAGCAUCAGACGAUCAGUACCUCUGACAACUCCCAGAGCUCUUUUCACCAGACUGUUUUCUCAUGUGUUGUAUAUACAACAUGAUUACUUCUGGGGGUGUGAGGUCAUGCAGAUCUGCUAUUUGGUCUUUUAGCACCCCCCCCAUUGUCGUGGAGGGGUCUGUGUAUCUGAGUCUGAUAGCUGUAUUAUCUGAGCUCUGAGUUCCUCUAGGGUCUCCAUGAUGAGAUGGUCCCAGAGGAGGGUCAGACUGAGAGAGAUUCACUUCAAAUAAACUUUACCUUUAGAGAACUAGAACAUUUACUCGAGUAGUAGUUGCAUCAGAGAAAAACUAAUUUUACUUAACUCAAAGUACUUUAAAUUUAAAUACAUUUUCCUCAAGUAAUUUUUUUUUUAUUGAUACUUCAAAAAUGCAAGUCAGUUAAAAUGUUUAACAGCAGAGUGAUGGUUGAAUGAAGAACACAGAGAUGUUCAGACAAUAUCAACUCAGCAGUAAUACACAGAAAUACUUUGCUCCAUUAAACUGAUUAAAUAUAAUAGUAUGUAACAAUAAUAUACUCAAAACUGAAUUGUAUCUCUGCAAGCUUUUAAUAGAAAAUUUUUCUUUAGUUGUAAAUAUCAGCAGCCGGAGCAGCCACCAAAUAUCUUCUAAUCAGGUGUAGAGAGCUCUUCAACAUGUCUUCUGUUUGGGUGUUUUGGUAAUAAUACAUUUCAUAUGGAGGGAAUUUUAAAUGCUUGUUUUCUGCUGGGUUAUAUAAAGCCUCGUGCUGCUUGGAAUGUUAUAUUUUCAGCUAAUGAUUUAAAAUCAAAUAACAUUGAAUGUUUAAACUGAGGAGUUGAUUACAUUGUGAAUAUUGUUAUCGUAAUUAUAAAAUCAUCUGAUGCAGCUCAGAAUAUCUCAGGGGGACAUAGAGGACCAGUCUGUCUCUAAAUAAGACCUUCGACUGGAUUUAUUAUCUACUGAGUAGAAUUACAUGAUGUUUCCAAAGGAAAUGUUAUGAAAUGUGAACUAUACCAAAGUGAUGAGCUUUGAAAGCAGUUGAUUAAUAUGAAUGAAUGGAUGAAAUAAUAAUGAUCAGAGACAUGAUGGAAGUUGACAACUCAGUUUUAACAUUUAGAUACCUUAAUGCGCUUUAAACUGCUUUACUAUUUUAUCUUAUUUUAAUAAAUACUUCAUUUUGCUACUUUUUGAUC